CGUAUUAAGGGAUUAUUGGAGACUAUUUUUCAUUUCCUUGAAUCCAUCACCAUUCCAUUACAAAUGAAUUACGGUUACAAAAUCGGCAAUUCCCUAAAAUUGAACCAUUUUUUUUCGAAAUUUAACCCUAAUUAUUCCUUUUAGUGAGCAUUCGAAUUGAAGGGUUUCGCCAAUCAAACAGAUAGUAAUGGGUCGACAUCCUACCCAUGGAGCCCCUUCUUUUCGUUUUCACCCGGCUGAGGUUGCACAAAUGGAAUCUAUUUUACGAGAACAUGCUGGUCAAGUGCCUGCCAGGGAGUUUCUUAUGUCUCUUGCUGAAAAAUUCAGCAACUCACCGGAGCGAUCCGGAAAAAUCAGCGUACAAAUGAAGCAGGUUUGGAAUUGGUUUCAAAAUAGGCGUUAUGCACUUAGGUCAAAAUUGGUAAAGUCGCCUGGAAAGUCGCAUAUGCCACCAAAUCCUCAGGGUGAAGUUGCUACAUUGAGGAAUUUAUCUCCUGUUCCACAACAGGCACCUAUACCAACAGGUCACAAUAUGGUACGAAAUUCAUCUGAAAAUCCUUUGAUGGAAUUUGAAGCCAAGUCUGCUAGGGAUGGUGCAUGGUAUGAUGUUCAGCAAUUUCUUUCUCAUAGAUAUCUUGAGACUGGUAAUCCUGAAGUUCUUGUCCGUUUUGCUGGAUUUGGGCAAGAAGAGGAUGAGUGGGUCAAUAUUCGCAAACAUGUCAGACAACGGUCUCUCCCAUGUGAAGCAUCAGAGUGUAUUGUAGUUCUUCCUGGAGAUCUCAUACUUUGCUUUCAGGAAGGAAAAGACCAGGCUCUUUACUUUGAUGCUCAUGUCCUUGAUGCUCAAAGGAGGAGACAUGAUUUGAGAGGCUGUCGUUGUAGAUUUCUGGUUCGUUAUGAUCAUGAUCAGUCUGAGGAAAUUGUGCCACUAAGGAAAGUUUGUCGUCGACCAGAGACUGAUUACAGGUUGCAGCAGCUUCAUACUACAAAUGAAUCAGCAUCUGCAUCUGUUUCUGGAGAUUCAAUUAAGCCUACAGUUGACCCUGUCUUUAGUACCAUGUCAGGGAUGACUAGUCCCAAUCCAAGUGCCGCCAUCGCAUUUCCUUCUUCAACAACUAUAAAUGCUACUACUAGUGUUCUGCAUUCAGCUUCAGCUGGAAUUUCUAAUCCAUCUUCAACUCUAAUUUCUGCUUCAGCUCCAUCUUUGACCCCAAAAUCUGCUCCUACUUCUUCAUCAUCUAUGACUAUGGUUCCAGUAUUUUCUCCAAGUCCAUCUUCAUCUUCGAUUCCAUUUUCUGCUCCAAGUCCAUCAUAUACUCAAACUUCUGCUACUACUUUAUCUUGGACUCCAGUUUCUGCUCCAAAUCCAUCUUUGACACCAAGUCCUUCUCCAACUCCUUCUCUGCUUCCAAUUUCUGCACCUACUUCAACAGCGAUUCAAGCUCAAUCUCCUGGUCCAGCCCUGGUUUCUGCUCCAUCUUCAUCUCCGACUCUGAUUUCUGUCGCAAGUCCUCCCCCAGCUCCGGUUUCAGUUCAAUCCUCAACACUUGUUGCAGCUCCAGAAUUGGUAAAGACUGAGUGAUAAACCAGCUACUUCAGUAGGUGAAGCCUCCUCUCAGGAAAACAUCAACCCAGGUACUGCAAGCAUUAUUGUGGAAAUCAAGAAGGAAGAUAGCAGUAUUCCAGAAACUACUACUACUAUAUUUGCUGGAAGCUCCAUGUCCCAGGGAGAAAUGAGUGAUAACGCCACCAAAACAGUUCCCGCACCAGAAAAGAUGGGUAGUAUUGCACCAAACGAACCUAUAACAGUCAGUGCUGCAGCACGGAAGGUCCUCCGAUUGUCUCAAUAGAGGCAGAGUGCUCUAAUCCGAUUUCAUCAACCAACGAUUCAAAGGAAUAAUAGUAGUAGCCUUGUCCAUGGUAAUUUCAUGAGUAAACUUUAUUUUUAGCUAUAUCUUAUAGGCAAUGAGUUGGGAAUUUUCUUUACCUAGUUAAGAAGUUCUUAAGAAGUAUUUUAUUAUCUUGGGAAUGUUUUAUAUGUGUUGUACAAAUUAGUGAUAUUUGUUUAUAUAUAUUAACAAAUACAGAUAUAUGCCCGUUCUUCCAUAGUAAUAGUGUGACUUUUGAUACUUUAUAACUGAA